AUGGGCCCGGAGACGACGGAGCACUCGGCCGGCGACUCGGCCGGCGACUUGGAUGCGACCAUCUUCAGCCUCCGAGGCGAGUCCAUGAAGGCCAACCUGCUGGCCAGGCUAGAGGUGGCAUCGGCGGCGUUCGAAGGGGACGGCCUCUCCAACUGCCGGAGGGCAAACAUCCUGGCCUUCAAGAAGUUCACGGCAGCCGAGGCCCAGCGGAGCGGGGGCGAGAAGCUGAUGGUCCAGCUCGCGGCCCUCAGCUCAGUCGAGCUGCAGCUGUUCGCCAUCGCCAAGACGGCCAUACAGCUGGCCGACCUCAGCCUACUCAGGGCGUUGUACGUUAAGACGCGGGCCGACCUGCCAGCAGUCCUCAGAUGCAAGAUCGUGCCCCAUCUCUAUGCAGAGGCGGUAACCCUCGUGCCUAGCCAGGGCCUUCUCGUGCAACAUCCGCCACCGCCGCAAGCCGACAGGAUCGAUCUCGAUCUGCGCGUCCCAGUCCCGUCUACCUCUACAUCUACGCCCGCAUCUACACUCCGACACCCACUGCCGAGCUCAGGCCCCCAAAACGCCAGCAUUAAUACCAGCACCAGCACCAGCACCAGCAACAACACUCACACCAACACCCGCACCAGCACCAGCAACAAAACUCACGCCAACACCCGCAAUGACAACACUAGCACUGGCAUGAGCAAUGUACUAGCCACUGUGAGACUGAGGCUCCCAAAGGCGGAUUUCCUAUCUGCUCUGCUGUCCCAAGCAUAUGUGGCCAUGUACUCGGCCCGGGAACUCGUGGGCAUGGUGCAGCUCCGCACCGACAACAUCGAGUUCACGCUGCAGGCGCGGGGGCGCUACCACUCCAGCGUCAUCUGUGUGCCGGGGGUGCCGACCAACUUCCGGGUGAUCCUGGACAGGCAGGCGCUAGGGUGUCAGCGGGGGGUUGACGCCAACAGCACCCGUGUCCUGAUGUCGCUGGGCGACCUGGCGGCGCUGCUGCCGCAGGGCCCCGCGACCGCCUUCAUCCACAUCCAGUACGGAGUCAUCGUGUACGCGGGCAACAACUGCGAGAUUGUUUGGGAUAGUCGCGAGGUGCCGGCCUUCACGAGCCGGCUCGCCGCCAUGGGCUGCUGGAUCCAGACCGUUCGCCACGUCCUCGACGGGCUGCCGCCCAUGCUGCUCAGGGCGGCUGCUCAUACUGCAACUGCUGGUGUUGCCGGUGUUGCCGAUUUUGCCGGUGUUGCUGGUGUUGCUGGUGUUGCUGGUGUUGCUGGUGUUGCUGGUGUUGCUGGUGUUGCUGGUGUUGCUACUCUACCUGCUGGUGGUUAG